AUGCUAGCCAAAUUCCUUCUUGCGUCGGCUGCGACCCUCGUGGCGUUCUCUAGCCUAGCCAAUGCCCAGACAAACAUCACCGAGAAAGACUGCGCCUCCACAUCCGAGUACUCAAAGUGCAACAGAGAUGUGGCGGACAAGUGGAGCUCCUGCCUCCGAGGCUGCAACGGCAAUGGUAACUGUGCCGUCGACUGUGGGUGUGAAUCUCACCAGAAGUAUAUCAAUUGUAUGGCGGAGUCAUGCUGGAACCAGGUCUACUCAUGCAAAUAUCAGCUCUUCGUGCAGCAGUACUUCGCCGUCUGCCCGAGCGCCAAAGAGCCAAUCCCCUUCUGGCCGCCACCAGACAACGCCCCAAACCGCUGUUCCUGCAAUAUAGGCAAGAUCACGCAGACGACCCUAUCAUCGCGUGACCAGCAGAUCAAAUGUAUGCAAAAUGUCACCGACAAAGUCAACACAGACGUCGGCCACAUCGGAGAUCUGUCCAACCUGGGUAACGGUCUCGAUAUUGCCAACCGCGCCUCGGACUGUGCCUGCUGCGGAGCCAGUGCUGGUAUCUCCGCAGCGUGGGAUAUCUGCCCGCACACCGAACCCACUCUCGCCGGCGCAGACAUGUGGGGAGUCUUCUUCCCCUCCGAUCUACCUAAUCUAUACACCUCCCUGCCGAACUGGGCGUGGUCGUCGUGCGAUUCAACUGUCGAAGACAAGAAGUGCAAGGACCUGGGUUUCACGGAUGCGGACAAGUUCUACAAGCCCGGUGAUUUCCCUAAGAACGGCACCUCGACUCUGUGUGAAGUCGGUGGUACGGUGACGGCGCCUCCUAGCGGCACUGUUCUCACUUGGUCCCAGACUUCGACUACUUAUACCGUUACCGCGACUGGAUAUGACCGCAAGGCUGUUGCUAGUCAGAGUGAGCACCGUGCUACGGCUACCGGGUCCGAUACAGCAUUUGCGACACAGACUGCUGAUAGUGGCGCUGGGGCUGUGAGGAAUGGUGGUGCUGGGGCUGUUGUGGCCGCUGUAUUUGCGGUUGUUAUGUUGUAA